AUGGCCGAUCUGUACCCUGACCUCAAAGACCGACCUCUCAAGGAGACAAUCUGUCUCUUUGAUGUCGACAACACCCUCACGCCUGCUCGCUUGCCUAUCUCUCCUGAGAUGAGACAGGCUCUUGCGAAACUCAGACACAAGUGCGCCAUUGGCUACGUUGGAGGGUCCAACUUCCCCAAACAACAAGAACAAAUCGGCACAGAUACCCUCUCGGUCAAGGACGUCUUUGACUUCUGCUUCGCUGAGAAUGGUCUUGAGGCUUAUCGACUCGGUCAACCCCUCCAGUCAACCUCGUUCAUCCAGUGGAUCGGAGAAGAGAAGUACCAGAAACUAGCCAGAUGGAUCUUGAAAUACAUUUCGGAGCUUGAAGGUCUCCCAGCCAUGCGAGGAACUUUCAUUGAGUUCAGAAAUGGCAUGAUCAACGUCAGCCCCGUUGGUCGUAACGCCAGCACGGCCGAGAGAAACGAGUUCGAGGCUUGGGACAAGAAGACCGGUUGUCGACCAAAGAUGAUUGAAGCGUUGAAGAAGGCCUUUCCCGACUUGGCUGUCACAUACUCCAUCGGAGGACAAAUCUCCUUCGACGUCUUCCCAACGGGUUGGGAUAAGACGUACUGUCUACGACAUGUCGAGGCAGAGGCGGACGCAAGCAAGGGACUGUCCGGCAUUGACUACAAGACCAUUCACUUUUUCGGCGACAAGUGCUUCGAGGGCGGUAAUGACUGGGAGAUCUAUACUGAUCCAAGAACGAUCGGCCACUCCGUCGAAAAUCCUGCGGACACGCUGAAACAGCUCAAAGAACUCUUCGACGUUUGA